AGUAGAUUUUGAGCUGUCAAGUUCGGUUGCGGAUUAUCUGCUCGCUGAUUGACUUUUCAACUCACGGGCAGCCAGAUAAAAUUAGUGUGUGCUAAGGUGUAGAAAAAAUCCCUUUCUGCUAAAGAAAGAAACACGCAAUAGACGAGAACUCAUUGAUAUCGCGUAAAGGAAGUGGGUGUGCUACGAAUGUAAAUUCCGGAGUUCCCAACCGUGCUACAGUUCUGGACGCACAGCACCUGGAAAAUUACGGCCUUCCGUCGGAGACGGUUCUGCCUCCAGCAGCGAAAAUUUUCCUCUGGAACGAUUCAGGGGCUCAGGAAAAUUCGGGGCGUUCACUACGUGGUUCAAUUUUACGGUCGUCGAGGGUUUUUGUUUCAUAAUUUUAAACAGGAACUAGGCCUCCGUAGAAUUUACUUUCGCUAUUGGAUUUCGGAACGACGAAUUAACAACGGGACCAGAUUUGGAGCAGUUUAGGAAAAUCAGAAUUUCGGAAAAGAAAAAUGGGCACAUUGGCCAUAGAAAGCAACGGAAUUCAUCAUCAGGUCGACCUUUUGUCAAUUGAAACGCUGGUAAAUGAGUUCUAUCAUCCAGGAACUUCAAACGUUCGCAAACAUGCCAUCGAAGGUCAGCUUCAGCAGUUCCAGCGAACGCCUCACGCAUGGGCAGUGUGUUUGCAAAAUUUGGCACAGUUCAACAAUCAGUACUUUUGGUUUUUCAAUGUGUCAACCGUCGAGGUGACCAUUGGCCAGCGAUGGCUAACGCUGAAUGAGCAACAGCGAGCGCAGAUUCGGGAUUCGCUGUGGACGACCUACGUUAGCUUUUCGCAUGACAUCCCUGGUAUGCAGCGGGACAAAAUCGCACAGCUCAUUGCCCUCAUUGGGAAGCGGCAGUUUCCCGAGGAACAUCCGGACUACAUGAAUCAGGUACUUGAGCUGCUGAAAACAAAAUUCACCCUGGGCAUCACCCUGUUGCGGUCUACGUCGGACGAGAUCAGCAGCACCAAGGCGGACGUCACCAGUGAACGGCAAAAGUAUCUCUCAUACUGUGUGUCCAUGUAUCUGCCCUCGGUGUUCGACAUUUUGGAGAAGUACGCCGAGGUGUGCAUCUCCCGAACGAGCUGCAAAAACGGUAUCAGUUUGGCACAUUUGCCGCCACCCUUCGGAGAGGACGGCCGAGUCCAGCAAGGCGUGCUCGAUUUGCUACUCUGCGUUCAGCAGAUAUUUUCUUGGGCACCCCUGGAUAAUAUCACCGCACCUGAAUUCUUCCGGAGUCUGUUUGUGCUUGCCCGAUGGAACGAUUCGUUCAACGAUGUUUCGAUCUCUGCGCUGACCACCAUUACCGAGCUGUUUUAUCGGCAAAAACCGCUACCAUUGCCAACGGUUAUCGCCAGUGGCGUUAUCGAUCUACUGCCAACGAUGGAAAUGUUGAAACUGUCUAACGAACUAUAUCAGGACAAACUGACGGAGCUGUUGCGGCUGUUUACGGCCCAACAGUGGCCCAAGUGGAGCAAAGAUCCACACUUCCCCGCCACAAUUUAUCUGAACUCGCUUUUCCAGUACACCUUUUUCGGGUACGGAGCGCUGGCCUUCACGGAACGAUUGACCAUAUGGACCCCGAUUAUCAAAACGCAGGUCGCUACCGAAGGCGGUUCUGGGGGAAAACAUAGUGAUAAGCUGCUGGCGUUAGCAUCUGGUACGGUGAAAAGAAUGCUGUUUCAGUAUGAUUUCGAUCAGCAACUGGAAAUGUUAGAUAGCGAGGAACUGGAUGAAGAUAACGAAACAGAGCUCCAACAUUUUUUCGAUCAGUGUACCGACACCGUUGCGCUGAUUGCCGAAAUUGAACCGGUUCGAGUUUACGAUAUAGUUUUCUCGGAGUUUGCCUCGGAUGCCAGUGGCCCUUACACGCAGGUGCUCUCCACGAUCGGUUCACUACUUGGGGCCUCCAGCGGAAUAUCUUCGUCGAGACCACCGGAACUAGACGAAGAUUCGCGGACAGCAUUGCGCUGUAAAUUCCGGGACUUCAUUUCAUUGUGCCAAUUGAUCGCGCGGGUAAGCCCACUGUUGCACGAGCGUUCGGAAAAGGUCAGUACGUCACUUGGAAGGCUUAUCGAGGAUCUGGUGAAGCUGAUAGAGAUGGUUUCAAGCGCUGCCGGUGAUCCGUUGGAGUUAUUUUUCGUACAUGUCCCGGGUCUGGCUACCGAAAUCGUGGAGGUUGUUGGUCAAACUUUAAGUACGCUGCGUAGUUUGUUGCUGGUGAUGCACAUUCCCUUUGGCGAAAGCGAGAUGAUGCACUUUGUGGGUUCCAUUCCAAGAUUUCUGACGCCUCCACAGAAGGUUCGAAAAGUUCAACUAAGAACGCUGACCAGUGCGGCCGCCCAAUUGUUGCUGAGUGUAAGUGUCAACCUGCGACCAAAAUACCUCGUCCAACUGAUCAAACCACUGGUUCAGAGUGAUCUGCGUCACUUGGAUCGAACGACGGCCGUGACGGUGCGUCGAGCCGUAUGCAAUUGCUUUGUGCUUCCGUGGGCGAAUUGUUCCGCAUCGGAACAAAAUUUCGAAGGCCGAGCUGCAUUACUUCAGGAAUACAUUGCAUUUAUUGCCAGUGAUUUGAUUAGACUAGAUCUGACCCAUACGUUAAGCAGUACGAAUACAGUCAUAGACUAUGGCCAAGAGGAGAAGAUCGUGGCAGUGGCCACCACCGUACUAGGAACGCUUCGUGAUCUGCUCAGCUACUAUCAGGAGCAUAGCAGUUCUGUCAAGCAGAUGAUGGCCGUUGCCUACAGACCUGUGAUAGAGAAAACUCUCACCAUUUUCACCGCGACCAGCAGUAAAAAUUGCGACCUCAUUGAACGAAUAUUCGAGUUCUGUCUAGGAAUCAUACGAACACUUCAGAUACAGCUGGGCCAAGUGUUUCUCAAGAAUAUAAUUCUUCUGUUCCUGGAGAAAACCAAAUCCGAACAGAUUACAUCCCAGCGGUUCCGAUCGCUUGACACUCUGCUCAAAAUGUUCCUGCUGAUAGUUGAACAACCGGGAAACGCAUCGCUGCUGCCCGAUAUUCUCAGUUUCUCGAUCGAGCAUGUACUUCCGCUGGUAUUUGCCUCCGAGUAUCUUGGCAAGAGCGAGCAAAACGGUCACGCCGAUGUCAGUCUAUCUCUCUACAUGCUAUUUAAUGGAAUUCUACUGCAUCGAUGGCAGUACUUUUACAAAUCUAACGUACUGAAACAAUUUUCGCCAAAUGCCAGUGGGAAUCUGCAGCAAUCCCCCCAGUCGAGCCUGGAACACGCUGAACAGUUCUCCGCCAUUAUGAACGCCUACGGACAGGCAAUCGUAUGCGGAAACGAUCCGCACAUUACUCGUGCCACGCUCCAAUCGCUGCAGAUGCUGAACGAACGGUGGAAGCUGUACCAGCGAGACUUUUUCCGCCAAAAUCUGCUGCAAUCGUUCGAGGCUGCCAUCAUAAAGGCUCUGGCGGCACCGGAAGGUAUCCUGCACUACGAAACGUUCAUCGCAGUGUUGUUCAGCAUGGGCGAGGUGGAGAUGAAGCGACUGCACGAAACCUUUGUUGGCAUCGGGUUUCCGGCCGAUUCCAAACAGGUCGAAGAAGUCUGCUUAUCGACGGACUACCCAACCUUUGCUCAUCGUAUGAUUCAACUGAUUCAGGACACCAAAUGUGGCCAACUGAACGGCAGUGGUACUGCGUAGUGAAGUAUCGGGUAAAAUUUGGCCAUCGGAGAUGGUUUCCUCCCCCGGAAUAUUCUGGGUUUCAUCAAGUUCCUCUGCCAAAUAAUUGGAUAUAAAAAAUAUAACGUGCAAAAAAUUGCAUUUCAGCCAUUCGGUGGGGGAGGAACGAAUCAUCCGUUUCACUAAAUCGAUAAAAACUAAUGUGACAACUCGAACGGAGAAACAACAAACAAAAAAUCAAAACCAUUUCCUACACACUAUCACACAACCCAAGCUCCUAGAAGCGUGCGUUUCGUGCCGAAGAUCCAGGCUGAGAAGAAAUUUAUGAGGAAUUGUCAAGUACAUAUAGGGUAACUCGCAAAGACGAUUGCAAAUCACAAGUCGAAAACUGCCAUUCGCGUAUUGAUGCUGGAAGACCUGCCUGUUAAAGUAUUUAAAAAAAAUUGGGGACGAAAAGAAAAGGAAAAACAAAACCAGAACUGACGAAACGCGUGGGGCAGAACUGAUUAUUCACGAAAAUUCCAUAUUUUACUUAUUGUAGUCGAAUCGCGAUAGGAUAAAUUAAAUUCUAGGUGCGUUGCGCGAGAAUCGUUCUUCAUUUCCUGUAGAUCUAGCAAAAGAAAAAAAAACGCUGUUAGAUUGAAUGAUACGUGUUUAUACGCUACGUAUCAUACCGUUGUAAGAUGACGGACGUGAAGUUAAAAAUUAUAUUACUAUAAUGACGUACAUUUUUUCACCAUCUAGCUAAGGCACCUUUAUCGGAAAACGCAGUAAGUUAAAAAAAUUACUAUAAUAUUGAAGUCAGAGAUGCAGAAAACAGUUUUAAACCUUCGUUUUUUUGUGUAUAAUUUCGAUUUACAACUAUCAUCAGGUAAAACUUGCUUUAUAGUCUUUAUAUAAGAUCGCUAUGUUAUAACAUAUAAAUUGAUACCAGGCAUAGGAAGUUAGUAGCCGUGCUGAAUCUGAUGUCAAAUCUAAGUCGUAAACAGAUUAUAUCAAUUAAGAUUUUAUAUUAUAUUGAAUUUAAAAUAUGUGAUAUUCAA